ACGAACGUAGUUAGCAACAGGGCCUUAAGUUUAAUCCAGCCGAGACCGUGGGCUUUUCUGCAUGCCAGUUUCUGGCCCAAGGUGAAACGAUGCGAUUCUUCUUUUCAUCCGUUGCAACUUCCGCUUCCAGCGAGCCUUUAAUUCCGUUUUCCUGUUCUACAUCCAUGGAAGCCGAUGAUGCAUAGCAGCAUUUCAGCUGAGAAAGAGAGAGGCAGCAGCAGUAGUAAUAGUAAUCAAAUGGAAAAUGCAGAAGCAGAUGAGCCACAGAAGAAGAGGCCUCAUAUGGAUUCCGCCGCCACGCCUCGUAACAAAUCGGUUGAUGCUGGAGUUCUCCAAUACCAGAAUCAAAAACUCGUCCAACAAUUAGAAACUCAAAAGCAGGAGUUACAUGAUCUCGAAACCAAAAUCAAAGAGUUAAAAGACAAGCAAAAUUCUUACGAUGAUAUGCUGAUCAGCGUGAAUCAACUUUGGAAUCAGUUGGUGGAUGAUUUGAUCAUGUUUGGAAUACGAGUUGGUGGAGGUCAAAAAGCUUUAGAAAACUUGGAUCGAGCAGUGCAUUCUCGAGGUUCUAUUCCACCAUGUCCUGUGGAACAGAUAUUUCUUUGUAGGUUGCUAGAAUCAAAUUUUAUUGAGAGUAGUGGUAAUGGUGGGAUUACAAAAUAUGUUGAAGAAGCCCUUGCGUUGCGACAUUUAUCUACUAUGGAAUUGAUGAAAUUUCUGAAGGAUACUGUUGCUGCUGAGAGGGAUAAAACUGAGAUCAUAGCUCAAGCUCAGCAUUGCAACAAUUCUGCUGAAGACAGGAUCAUCCUAUCGUCUAAGAUUGAUGAUAUGAUGGACAAGGAGGCAACAAAUUUGCGUGAGGUGGUUGAUGCUCUUCACUUGAAGCAUAAAGAAUAUACUGAUGGGAUUCAGACAUACAUUAAGAAUCUUUCUGUUGACCAGUCUGAGAUAAAACAUAUCGAAGGUGAGCUGGAAGAGGUCAUGGAGGAACUUGAAGAAAGUAGAAGAAAAAUGGUCAAUCUGAAAAUGCAAAAGGAUAUAGCAUGUGGCAUGCAUGUGUCGACUCCAGUUGCUGUAAAUGGAACCCUGUCACCUGAAAAGCCUGGAGAUAAGGCACCAGGCUUGCAGGAAUUGAAGGAUUCCAUUGAGGAGGCAAAGAUUGUGGCAACAGACCGUCUUUAUGAGCUUCAGGAGGCACAGAAACUGAACUUGGUCUACUCAAAACAACUUCUUGAUUUUGAGGAUGAAGUGAAGGAUGAAAAAUAUGUACGUUCAUCUCGACUGUAUGCUAUGUUGAAUGAUCGGCUCCAACAUUGGAAUGCAGAAAUGGAGCGAUGCAAAGCGCUGAUUGAUGCUCUGCAGGCUGACAGGUCUCUUGUCACAAGGAGGGAGAAGGACCUGAAUGUAAAGGCUGAGUUAGUAGAUGCUGCUAGGAACAUUAUUCACAAUUCUGACUCUAGAGUUAAAGAGCUAGAGACUCAGCUUCAGAAGUGUGUCAUUGAAAGAAAUGAUCUUGAGAUCAAAAUGGAAGAAGCUAUCCAAGAUGCAGGCAGAAAUGAUAUUAAAGCAGAAGUCCAUGUAAUGGCUUCGGCUUUGUCCAAGGAAAUGGACAUGAUGAAAGCUCAGUUGAACCACUGGAAGGAGACUGCACAUGAAGCAAUUUCCUUGCGUGAAGAAGCCCAGUUGCUAAGAACUUUAUUAACUACUAAGAGAAAUGAACAGAAGCAUUUGGCAGAAAAAUGUACUGAUCAAAUGAUGGAAAUAAAAACUCUCAUGGGUUUGAUUGAGAAGUUGCAGAAGGAAAAAUCAGAACUUCAGAUCUUCUUGGACAUGUAUGGCCAAGAAGGUUAUGAUAAUAGAGAUAUUCUGGAAAUAAAAGAAUCAGAACAUAGAGCUCAUUCUCAAGCUCAAGAGUUGAGAAAUGCUUUAGAUGAACAUAGCCUAGAGUUGAGAGUGAAAGCUGCUAAUGAGGCUGAGGUUGCUUGCCGACAAAGGCUCUUCGAUGCAGAAGCUGAAAUAGCUGAGUUAAGAGUCGAUUUGGAUGCUUCUGAGAGGGAUGUUUUUGAUCUCACAGAGGCCAUUAAAAGCAAAGACAAAGAGGCAGAAACAUACAUUUCUGAAAUUGAGACCAUUGGUCAAGCAUACGAAGACAUGCAGACACAGAAUGAACAUCUGUUGCAGCAGAUGACUGAGAGGGAUGACUACAACAUUAAGCUUGUUUCUGAGAGUGUAAAGACAAAACAGGCUCAUAGCUUCCUACUUUCUGAGAAGCAGACACUAGCAAAACAACUUCAACAAGUCAAUGCAUCAAUAGAAUCUGUAAACAAGAAACUUGCUCAUAGUGAAGCACAGAUGAAAGGUUGCCUGACCGAGGCUCUUAAAGCUUCUCAAGAAGACAGACAUCUUGCCGUUAAUCUCGAAACUGCAAGAUGGGAAUUAGCAGAUGCUGAGAUGGAGCUGAAAUGGCUGAAAUCUGCUAUGACUUCUGACAAGGAGUAUGAGCAGGUCCAGAAAAAGUUGGAUGAAUUCAAAGUGAAGUUGGGAAAGGAGAGGAAUCAGAGGGAAAAUCUGGAGGAGGAACUCGCAGAAUUGAAUAGGGAGAUUGAAGAGUUGACGUCCGAAACUGAAGAAGCUGCAAUACAGAAGCUCCAGGAUGAAAUAAAGAACUGCAAGAACAUUCUCAAGUGUGGUGUGUGUUUUGACCGGCCAAAGGAGGUAGUGAUUAUGAAAUGCUAUCACCUAUUUUGCAAUCCAUGCAUACAAAGAAACUUGGAGAUUCGGCAUAGAAAGUGCCCUGGCUGUGGGACUGCAUUUGGUCAGAACGAUGUUCGGUUCGUAAAGAUAUGAAUGGUCUACCUCAGGCCGUACUAGGCCUUUCACCUUUUGAACUCAUAGCCUUAUAUAAUAAUGUGCAGCAGAAAAGUUAUUGUUUUUCUUGGCAGCCAAUCUUUUUAUUAUUAUUACUUAUUAUUAUUCCAUUUUGUUUUUUUGAACAUGUUUACGAGGACCGGAUUCAAACCGUUGCUCAAAGAAGAAAAAUGCACUUUAAUGUGAUUUUGUUGUCAUUGGGUUCGAAGGCUCAAAUGCUAUUAUU